GAAAAAUCCGUUAUUGUUGUAUGGACGCAGGGCAACUAGAUAAGAUUAUGGCUGACUAAAUAACAAUCAAGACCUUACGAUAGCUACAUCUAAAAAAAAGUUGUGCUGUCAAAUUGACAUGCUGAUAUUUCUCGAAGGAGGAGAAGUAGAACAGAUUCAAAUUAUCAGUGAUUAUCACAAAAUUUAUUAAUUUUAAAAAAGAUUUAGCUAUGGGGAAUGGAAAGGAAGGCAGAUUAUUAGUGUUAUAUGGCAGCCAAACGUUCACAGCUCAGGAAAUAGCCGAGAGGAUAUGGCGGAAGACGAAAGUUUUGGGUUUCAGAGGUCCUGUACAGGCGAUGGACGAUUAUCCAAUUUCUCGUCUGAUUCACGAGGAAUUCGCUUUGUUUGUUUGUGCGACGACUGGGCAAGGGGAUGAGCCGGAUAAUAUGAGGAGGUUCUGGAAGUUUCUUCUGCGAAAAAACCUUCCAAACAACUCACUAAUGAAGCUCAAAUUUGGUGUCGUUGGCUUAGGAGAUUCUACAUAUUCCAAAUUCAAUUUCGUCGGAAAGAAACUACAUAAGCGUUUACUACAGCUUGGAGCUACGCCACUUUUGAAUAUAGCGCUGUGUGAUUACCAACAUGACCUCGGCCACGAUGCAGUACUGAUGCCUUGGUUGGGAAACUUCUUUAGCACCUUGAAGUCCUACUUCCCAAAUAUACAAACAGACACCAUGAACAAUUCUUUUGUACCACGCUGGAAAGUAUCCCUAGUAAAGACGGAUAGCUGUGAUAACCAAAAAAAUGUAUCCGAGGAUGUUUAUUAUGGUAAAGGCUGUAGGGAUCAUUUUUUGGAUUCCACAUAUUUGGAACUGGAGAAGAAUGAUAGGACUACAGAUGAAAGUCAUUUUCAGGAUGUCAGACACAUCAUAUUCAAAACAGUUGACGGUAACCCAUUACAAUACUCACCGGGGGAUAUUUUCAAUAUACGACCACGGAAUUCUAAGGAAGAUGUUGAUGAUCUGUUUGGUAUAUUCGAAACGCACAAUAUAGAUAUAAAACCAUAUCAUCUACUGUCAGUUGAAGAAUAUCAUGAUGAUAUGCCAGUGCCUGAUUUUCUAAAGCAGCCCUUAACAUUGUACGAGGUAGCUGAACAGUAUUGGGAUUUGAAGGCCUACCCGACGCAGUAUUUCUUCUCUCUUCUAGCUCUCAUAUCCGAAGAUAAGUUGGAAAGGGACAAAUGUAUAGAGCUCAGUUCGCCCGAAGGUCAGGAGGAUUGGUUGAACUAUUGUAGGAGACCAAGACGGACUGUGUUAGAAGUGCUACACGACUUCCAUAAGUCAGCCUCAAAACUUACAAUAGAAGUAUUAUUUGAACUCCUAUCUACAAUCAAACCCAGAUCAUUUUCUAUAGCGGGCAGUUGUCUCAAGUCCGAGGGGAGGAGGAUAGAACUAUUGAUAGUAGUCGUCAAAUAUUAUAGCAAGUUAAAGAAAGCUAGGCUCGGUCUAGCAUCGAAUUGGUUGAAGAAUUUGAACGUCGGUGAUCGGGUGUACGGUUGGAUCAAGAGAGGGACAAUGAAGUUUCCUCAAGACGCGAGCAUUCCAUUAAUACUAAUCGGGCCUGGUACUGGUCUGGCACCGUUCAGAAACUUACUCCAAGAGAGAUCUAUACAGGGUACCGCUAGCAGUGACACAUUACAUCUUUUCUUCGGCUGUCGAUACAAGAAUAAAGACUUCCAUUGUAGACAAGAGUUAGAGGGAAUGGUGGAUUCUGGAGAAUUGACAUUGUAUUGUGCGUUCUCAAGGGACCAGGAGAAUAAAAUAUAUGUACAACACAAGAUAGCAGAAAAUAAAGACGUAUUGUGGAAUUUACUGAACAGAGGUGGUUAUAUAUUUAUAUCAGGUAACGCUAAGAAUAUGCCUGAUAAUGUCAGAGAUGCAUUCAUAGAGGAUGUUAUAUCUGAGGCUGGAGGAAUCAGUUUGGAAGACGCUAAGAAAAUGCUAGAAGAUAUGGAGAGAAAUAAUAGAUUGCAAGUUGAGACUUGGUAAUAUUAUGUGAAGAACAAGACAUAUAAACUACUAGAUACCUACCAAAGUUAUUUUUACUUAAAGUUCUUCUCCUUAUUUAAAAAUGGCUCCUUAGUGAGUCGCCAAUG